AGCCCAGCCGCAGCAGCCACCUCGGCAGCAGCCGCAGCGACUCAGGCACCCAUGGGGCUCGGUUAGCCAGGUGGAGGAUGGGGAGAGAAUGGAACCAUCCCGGCUCCUCCGCGAGAUCAGGGCACACCGUGCCCAGCUCCUCAGCAGCAAUCAGAUAGAAGCGGUGCUGUCCGCCAGGAUGCAGGAGACCAUUUGACUCCCGCACGGCUCUUCCAAGAGCGUUCUGAAACACCCUGUUUCCAAGAGCACCGUUUGUUUCCGCGUGCUGUCGCUGGCUUUCUCGCAGCUGGAAGACGACAUAAGCAAGAAGAUGGACCAAGACGAAGAGGCUUUGAAGGCAGCUCGAGCAGAACUCAAGGAGGCCCGGCGCCAGUGGUACCACCUGCAGGUGGAGAUCGAGUCGCUGCAUGCUGUGGAGAGGGGCCUGGAGAGCUCCCUGCAGGCCAGCGAGCAGCAGCACCAGAUGCAGCUUCAGGACCUGGAGGCGGUGAUCGAGGGGCUGGAGACUGAGCUGCAGGACCUCCGGCGUGGCAUCGAGAGGCAGUUGCAGGAACACGAGCUGCUCCUCAACACCAAGAUGAGGCUGGAGCAGGAAAUCGCCACGUACCGCCGCCUCCUGGAGCAGGAGGAAAUCAGGUAUUAUGGUUGUAUCCAGGGUGAGAAAAAGGAGCCAAAGCCUACCACAAGUAGAGUUGGUUUUGUUUUACCCUCAGCCAUCAUAAAUGAAAUCUCUUUUUCAACAAAACUGUCACAAAAGUAUGAGGAUGAGAACGUGGAGAUGGUAACCAAGCAGGCAACAUUAAAUGGAAACAUGGCGAAGGAAAGCGCCAAGGCUCAUGGCACCGUUCAGACUGAGAAAGUGGACGAGGUCAUUAAGGAAUGGGAGGGUUCCUUCUUCAAAGACAACCCUCGGCUGAGAAAGAAGUCCGUUUCUCUGCGGUUUGACCUGCACCUGGCGGCGGCGGACGAGGGCUGCGCGCAGGCCGGGCAGGACAGCCUGCCGGACAUCGAGGUCAGGCUGGUCAUGCGGCGCUCCUGCAGCAUCCCGUCCAUCCAGCGGCCGGCGCCCGGGGACUAGGCUGCACCGGGGCGACCUCCACCUGCAGGGCCGUCGGGCCAGCCGUGCUGAGCCCCUGUCCACCACGUCAGCUCUUCAGGGCGCAGGGAAAAGCUUCGGAUCGGCAUGUGACUGUUGAUCCACCUCAGGGGAAAAAGACAGCUAAGAGAUAAGGUUUCUCCGAACUCAGGAGCAUAUAUAUUUGGGAGCAGGAGAGCUCAAAAAUAAGAUCAGAAAUUCAGGAUGGUUUCUAUUUUAUUUGUUCUCCAAAUCGUCUGCUUUUUCCUUGGAUGUUUUAUCAGAAACUCUGUGUACACGGUACUGAGCCGGUCUGGUUAAAUCUGUGAUUUCACUCAGUAGCUGAAAGCUGUGUGGCACCAGGGGCGAACGUCCGGCACGCGUCCGGCACGCGUGCCCCAGCGAGCUGUUUGUAAUCACUGAAAACUCUAAAAGGUUCGCCAUCCGGGCUCUAAGGAAAGGGAAAAGUCUGAUUUUAAAAUGUGAAGAGCCACCAUGGUUUCCUGGUUGGCUAAACUAAAAGGUUUGUUCUACUUUAAAAAGCCAGCCAUGAUAAAAUUUUAAGGGAGACUCCCUCAUUACUUAGAAGUUUUCUUUUUGAGACAAUCAUUUGGAGGCUUAGAAAAAUGAGACUUUUCUUCACAAGCAAACUAUAGAAUAUAGUCCAAGGUUAUUUUGAUAAUAAAUCCAACUGUUACUCUACACCUGAAAGUUAUUUGUAGGCAAUAUCUGAAUUCCAGAAGAGCCACUCUAUUGAAAAAACUUUUUUAAAAAUCAGAAAAAAAAAUCUGAAGGCCAGUUAUAAAGUUAAAACACAAAAAGCAAACUGAAAGGGUGUUUUCCCUAGUUAGCAGAAUGAUUGCCCACCUCCCAGUGUCCCAACAUUCACACCUAGAAAGUUGAAUGCAGUCACAUCUCGGCCUAGGUAAGAUGCUCUAUGAAUUACUAUAAAUACUUCUUAUCGUCCUUUACGUGAACUAAGAUAAUGCUAUUGUUAUCUAAGCUAAGAGUCUUUGUGGGAUUUGUCUUUAAAUUGUUCAAAUAAAUUGUAAUAAAUAUGGAUAAAAACAUAUUUGUGGAUAAGUGAAGCACUGUUGCAAAGUUUUCUAAAGAAACUCAUUUAUUUGACAGAGGUGUAUUUAUUUUAAAACCUAAAAGAAUAAAUACCUGUCUUAAAACAUUAGAAACUGAUAGGCUAUUUUUUUUCCAAGCAGAAAAAAAAAUGGAGAGGUACAAUUCAUACUUUUUUUCCCCAGCUAAAGUAUUUCCUAAGGGCUACAGCUACAUUAGAACUUUAGGCCAGUGUGCAUAUAUAUAUAUGCUGUAUGUAUAUAUGUGUAUAUACGCUGUGAGUGUAUGUAUAUAUACACUGUAUGUAUAUUUAUACACAGCACUGAAAUGUCUGUUUUCAUCAGAAGAAAAUUAUGUGAAUCUUGAACAUAAUACAUGAGUAGAACAUUUUACAUUUUCUUUCCGUUCCUUCCGAUUCAUCUCAGCCUGGCUUACUCUGUUCAGUGAAAAGGAGAUGAUUUUGUUCCAUCAGGGAUGUUGCAGCAUGUUAAGUGCUAAUUCUCGUGUAACAUCUGACCCAGUACAUCCCAUAAGUAAAUAAAAAUGUUUCUUUGAGGCUGGGCUGGAACUCGGUGGUGGAGUGCUUGCCUCGCAAGUGCGAGGUCCUGGGUUCAGUUCCCAACACAAAAGAGAAGUCUUGUUCAAUAUUUGUUAAAUGCUACAAAUGUGACCAGAGCUUUAAAAAUGCAUUCAUAACUGCUAUUGUAUUAAAGUUACUCUGCUAAGCAACUGUGACUAAAGCAAUCUACCUAAGGUCACCGUGCAGUGUACAAACCGUAGUACUGGGCAUUAUGAAUGUAACUGCUUGUUAUUGUAAUUCUACUAUGCAGCUAUUGUGUGUAAACAUGUACAUUUUAAACCACAGGACUCGUUUUAUAAAAAGAACUUUAUUUCCUUUGAGCCAUUUUAAAAUCGGAAUAUGAAUUUACCAAAGUAAAUGAUACCAGUACAAUAAAAAAAAAUUGAACCGUGAA